AUGCUCUAUGUGCUGAGAAUCAAAAAGAAAGAUGGCCUUUUGGCAAAAGUCGUGGCGUACGUCCAUAUCUAUGGUCGGCGGCUACAUCCUGAUUCUGUUCUAAAAGUGGAAACACUAGAGAACAACCAAAUCCAAGGCACCCCCCACAGAUAUACGCCCGAUACACAUCUUUCUGGAUCUUUGAUCCUACUGCAACCAUCGCAUUUUAGCCUUGACCAGCAUCACAGAGAUCUUAAGAUGGCUAUCGAGCUAGAAUCUGAUUCUGAUCUUGCACUCAAAGAGACUUUGCAUCAAAUCCACCUGGGCCGUGCAAAGAUAGAUCUGGACCACCUGGAGUUUGGGGACCCUAACAGAUGCCAGCGCUUCAAUCUGGACUUCUGGAUCCUGGCUGCUGUGAUGCUGGAAUUCUUCUGGCAAAUUUUGCAGUUUAAUGGCUUGCAGUCUCUCCCUGGGGAUAUCAUCCCCCUUCGACUGCCGCCUGGGGUUCGGAUUCCCUGUCUCCGCGGCCGGCGAACAGGAGACAAGGCCGCAGUAGGCAAGUGGAUCUCGAUGUGGCGGCCAGGCAACCAGCGUGAUUUCUGGCAGCUGGAUGGCCUCUGCCCCCCGGGCCAAAGUUCGGGCCCACGCAUCGCCCGGUCGAUCGAUCCGCAGCUCAAUCGCCUGCUCCGGGUCGCCCUUGACGCGCUGAUCCCGUUCCCGGGACUGUGGUCAACCUGGGUCAACCUUCAUCAGCUUCUCCCGCUGCGGGCUCCGGAGAUCCUGGCAGUUUAUCUAACCCUCAUUCGAGUCAUAUGCUACCACAUGACGGGUGGGCGUCCCGAGAUACUGGAUGCCCGCACCAUGGAGGCGCUGCAGGGCCGCUCGCCACAGCGGUCCUGGGCUGACCGUGCCCACAUUACAGAUGUUUUUGAGGAUGGUACAGCAUAUGCGGCGGUGACAUGUCCCCAGGAGCGAGAGGUCCUUCGUCUGAAAGUGAUGCAGAUCCCACAUAUCAUUCCGUCCCUCUACACAUUUCAUCAGGAUGUCAAAUAUCUGGAGCCUGUUUUAAAACUCAUGAGACAGCUGAUGCUGAGGUCAUGGAAAGGUACCAUCAAGAAGGGCCUACAGCGGUGCUACUCUUCUCCACGCGAUAAUGGUGUCCGCAUCCAGACCUCGGAGAACAGUUACCAUCUGGCGGCCGGCAUGCCUGUGGAGUAUGGCUUCUGGUCAGCUUACAGGCAGGUAUUUCUUGCCGGGAUGUGUGACUUCUUUGGCCUUGUCCCAAACUUCCAGCCCAUUGGGAUGCACAAAGUUCCACCGAGAACAAGACAGCCUGAUUCGCAAGUGCUCUGGGGCCGUUUUUCUGAGCUGGCCAGGUCGGUUGGGUUCCUGGUCCCGAGACUGCAGGGCGGCGUCCCGGCCCCGGUGGCCCUGGAUGCCCGUCCGAUCGCCCGGCCCCUAUUGACCACAGAUGAGGAUUUGGGAGAAUGGUCCGUCCGCUCCUGCUGUGGAAUGACCGAUGGAAAUUCAUUCUUUUCAGACCAGAAGUAUCUAUAUCUUGACAACAUCUACUCCCCUCCUCCGGACGAGCCGGCUGAGUGGCUCACUUCCUUUGCGGUCAAGCGAGAUAUUUUCCUUGCCUUUUUUCCGCCUUUCACUGAAGCAGGGUGUCUGAGUGCAUCAAGCCCGCAACCAGCAGAGUGGAAUGUGGAAACAAGAGAUCAAAUGAAUCCUCUACAGCCGCCAAACCCACCAAUACCGCCAGCUCAUACUGUGACCCAGUCACAGACAGAACCAAUACUUGAUUUCUCUGACCAAUUGCUUGUUGAAAAUCCAGCACACAUCAACACAAACAUGGACCAGCCUUCUAUAUCAGUACCCCCUGUUGAGAUAAAUAUGGACCGCCCUCGCUCAUUAGAACUUGCUGCAGACACAAAUCCGCCACCUGUUGACACAAAUAUAGACCAGCCUUCCAUAUCAGCACCCCCUGUCAAGAUAAACAUGAACCGCCCUCACUCAUUAGAACUUGCUGCAGACGCAAAUCCGCCACCUGUUGACACAGACAUGGACCAGCUUUUCACAUCAGCACUCCAUGACAACGCAAAUGUAUCCGGAACCGUGAGCCAGGGUGUUGUGGCCCGCCAGCCACUUGAGAUUGUGAAGCAGGAUCAUUUAUGCUGUUGGGUCCGGGUUAAUGUUGAGCCGCAGCAGUAUGUGAACACCUUCUUUUGUCAAGAAAGGUCAGGACCUCAAUAUAAGUGCAUCUUUGUCAUAUCAGAUUCUGAUGCCUUAUGUGUGCUCUCUCAAAAUGCAGAGCGCUAUCUUGACUAUGUCAGCCUGGAGAAAUACAAGUGAGUUGCAGAAGUGACCCGGGGGGGCAUGUCUGUCAUUCCACCCAAUCAGAUUGGUUCACUUUUGCAAGAUGAGACCUUGCUUGCAUUUGGAUGUGAAGAGCAAUUCAACACAGACAUGCUCACACUUGGUUCACAAUCAUCUGACCUAGAUAGAACUGUAGUGUAUGAUGAGAUGGGGAAGACAUGGAAGCUAGAGAAACAACUCUGAUCAAGCAUAUAUCUAGCAAUGAUAACUGUGCGCAAUCCUCCUAUAAGGGGGGCGGUUGAAAAGAUCUUCUUUAUAUUCUUAGCUGCUAUACUCAGCCGGAAAAUGUGCUUGCUUCUACUUUACACCUUGGCUCUUGUGGGAUUAUCUACGGCCUUCUGGAGCUCUGUGAUCCGUCCAUCCUUCUCCCUGAGAGCCGCUUGAUAUUCGUUGUGCAUCUUGGCUUGAAUGCCCCGAAUAACAUCACUGAUCCGCCGAGAUCAGUCCCUGACCCCCAGACAACUAUCUUCCUGAAGCUGCAUCACAUCGACCAAAGCGUCCACUCAGUGACACCACUGGACUGCACUCUCUAGCUCGGCCAUCAUGGCGCGGUGGUGUUCCUGCUCCAUCCCCAACACCUGCUGUGCUACGGCAUAGGCCUCCUGCAUUUUGGAAAAGUCCUCGCGCAGCUUGGCAUUGGCCUCGGCGCAAUCACCUUGAAAUCGUUUCUCCAGCUCCAGCUCGUGGCGUGUGGCAGCAUGGGAUUUGUUUUCCAGCCAUAGCUGGUGCCGGAGCACUCGAUCGCUGUUUGUGUAUGCAUGGAGUGUAGCCUCAAGGCUGCUACACUUCCUCACAAGCUCCUCUGUCUGAGAUCUUUCUCAGAACGAACAUAUAGCUGAUAUAUACUGAUGUUGUUGAAGCUGCACCAUCUGAACUUGGUGAUCUGGAGGCAGCAGAUGGUGUUGCGCGGUGAGACUUUGAGUGCUUAAUGGCACCUAAACCUGUCAACUCAUGCAAUGCUGGAACCUUGGUCAGUGUCUCACCUUGGCCUGCUGUGUAAUUUCUUUCUGGUGCUGGUUUCCUGCCAUCUUGAGCAUCUUCCGGGCACAACUGAUGGAUCAAGUCUUCACCAGUCAAUCUGCAGGCUAUCAUGGUUUUUAACCACAGAGCAAGAAAUAAUGUGGUGAGCAAGCAGUGUUGUGAUGCAAGCACUGGUAGAAGUUCUGAUCCUAAUUUUGGGUACAGGCUUGCAUCGCAUUGCGAUUCCGCGUAUUUUUCCAACAGCUUCAAGUGGGGCAUGUUAGAGCCAAAGUGGAAAGACACCAUCAUUUGUCCAAACUAGUGUUGCCCUCAGUUGCCACCAAUAGCCAGGCCGGAGGUCAGAUUUGAUUUCUCAAGAUGCAUUAGCCCUACAGCAGUGUCACUUAUUGAUCUCAGCUCGCGGCGAUGCGACCUUUCUCCAGACUGGAGAAACAGAUGAUAUAGCUAGACAAAAGAAGAAGUCAAGAAUUAUCAAGAUGAUAGUUGAUCAACAAUCUAUACAUCUACAUCACAAGAUGCUGCAGUGACAAGUAGUUCACAAAAGUAGUUCACAAAAGUAGUUCAC